AUGGAGGCACCCGUAGCGAGACGGAGAGGACGUCCGAGGAAGAGGAGAAGAGAGGACGAGGAGAAUGAGAGCGAAGCAAAGAGGCAGGCGACUAUGGGGACCCGCCCCGUUGCUCUCUUAGGGAGAUACGUUUUGAAAGAUUUUCCUCGAAGCGGAGUAUACCUGGGAAAGGUAGUGUAUUACGAAUCCGGUCUUUAUAGAGUUUGUUACGAGGAUGGCGAUUCAGAGGACCUCGACAGUACUGAAGUACGCUCCAUACUCUUAAAAGAGGGUGAAUUCAACUGUGAUUUAGUGCAGAGGAAAGAGGUGUUAGAAAAAUUGGUGUCAAAUAAUUGUAGCAAGAUCGGAAAUGGUUCACAGAAGGGACCAAUUGAAUCCAUUAAGGAGGAAUCUAAGAAUGAAUUGGGUGAACUGAACAAUGAGUUGUUGAAUGAAAAAGAUGAGGAAGGAGAUGAGGAUGACCAUGGGGAUGCCAAUUCUUCAAGUGAUUCUGGCAUUGGGCUGGGAAUGGAUUCUGGUGCUGAAGCUGAGACCCAGCCGCCACCCCCUCAGUUGCCUGUGUCAUCAGGAACCGUUGGGGUUCCAGAACAUUGUGUCUCAUUGGUAUUCUCUGUAUACGGAUUCCUGAGGUCCUUUAGUACACGGUUGUUCCUACAGCCGUUUACUCUGGAUGAAUUCAUUGGUGCCCUGAAUUGUCAAGUCGCGAAUUCACUAUUUGAUGCAAUUCAUCUAUCGCUGAUAAAAGUUUUGCGGAGGCACCUUGAAGCCCUCUCCACAGAGGGCUCUGAACAAGCUUCAAGAUGCCUCAGGUGCAAUGAAUGGAGCUUGCUGGAUCCACUGACAUGGCCAGUCUUUCUUAUACAAUAUUUGGUAGUCAGUGGACAUGCAAAUGCUCAUGAAUGGAGAUCAUUUCACGAAGAGAUAUCCACUGUGGAAUAUUAUGCAUUGCCGGUCAGUAGGAAGUUGAUGAUAUUGCAAAUUCUCUGUGAUGAUGUUUUGGAAUCUGAGGAGAUUAUAAUUGAAAUGAACAUUCGAAGAGAAUCAGAGGUGGGGAUCGAUUACGAUGCAGAAGAUAACCUUCCUUCAGAAUUUGAGCUUGGAAGAAUCCAGCCAAGAUCCACCAAUACUUCAGCAUGUGAGGAUAAAGAAACUACAAAGUUUGUUUCAGCUUCAAAUGUUGUGAACCAACCUUGGAACUCUAUUUCAUAUUCCAGAGAUACAGAAAGUAAUGUAGAUGGUGAUGUUGAUAGGAAUGGUGAUGAAUGUCGCCUCUGUGGCAUGGAUGGGACCCUGCUUUGUUGUGAUGGGUGUCCCUCUGCUUAUCAUUCAAGGUGUAUUGGUGUGUUGAAAAAUCAUAUACCAGAAGGGACAUGGUAUUGUCCAGAGUGCAAAAUAAAUAUGAUGGGGCCAACCAUUGCAAAGGGAACAUCACUUCGAGGGGCUGAAAUAUUUGGAAAGGAUUUGUAUGGGCAACUCUUCAUGGGAACUUGCGAACACUUACUUGUGCUGAAUAUUGGCAGUGCUGAAUUGUGUCUUAGAUAUUACAAUCAGAAUGACAUUCCCAAGGUUCUCCGAGUGCUUUAUGAAUCCAUGCAGCACAGACCAAUAUACCAUGAUAUUUGCAUGGCAGUGCUACAAUAUUGGAAUUUUCCAGAAAGUUUGUUGUUUCAUUCUGCUUCAAGUGGAGCAAAUGUGAACUCAGGACAUAGUAAGAAAGAGGCAAAGCCCUCUACAUUUUUACUUCCACCUUUGGGUGAAGGAAAUUUGGUGAAGGAAGAGAAUCCUUUAACCUCUGUCAAUGCAAUUUACGAUAAUAUGGUUCCAUCUCUUGAUACUUCAUCAGUUUCCAAUCCAAGUCUUGCUCCUCGGUGUAAUGGCAAUGGUAGCAAUAGCGAGUGCCCUACUAUGACCACAAAGCUUCCUGAGGACACUAGAAUGGAGUCCAUCCUCUCAGCUGAUUCUGCUUCUGUUUCUGUUAGUUGGCAUUCCAACUUGAACCAAGAAAAUUUUGUUGAUAGGCCAACAGUGGUAGAUCCUGCCAAGUGCUCUUCCGUAAAUGGUCAAUUUAGUGAUUAUGGCCAUGCAAAUGGUACAGGGUUGCCUAUAAAUGUCCCUUUCCAAACCAAAGAAAGCACUCAAGCUGGUUUUGAAAAGUGUGAACGAAAUGUAACCAAUUGUUUUGUGUACAUGGGUUUCUCCUAUAAGCCUUUGUCUUACAUGAAUUCCUAUAUACAUGGUGAAUUUGCUGCAUCGGCAGCUGCUAAAUUUGCACUUCUUUCCUCAGAGGAAUCUAGGUCAAUGGGCCAUGUGUCAGACAAUCAGAGGAAAAUGGCAUCUGGAAACACUUACUUGCAAGCAAAAGCAUUUUCAUUAACUGCUUCACGUUUCUUUUGGCCAAGUUCUGAGAAGAAGCCUGUGGAGGUUCCAAGAGAAAGGUGUGGCUGGUGCAUUUCUUGUAAAGGCCCUGCUUCAAGCAAGAGAGGAUGCAUGUUAAAUCAUGCUGCUCUAAGUGCCACAAAGAGUGCUAUAAAAAUGCUAGCUGGUUUUUCUCCUAUAAGAAGUGUGGAAGGAGUACUCCCUAGUAUUGCAACUUACAUUAUAUAUAUGGAGGAAUGUUUACGUGGUUUAGUAGUUGGGCCCUUCCUAAGUGUAAGCUAUAGAAGGCACUGGCGUCAGCGAGUAGAACAGGCUAUGACAUUUAGUGCUAUCAAGCCACUUUUACUUGAACUUGAGGAGAACAUUCGGACGAUUUCUUUCUAUGGGGACUGGGUUAAGCUGGUGGAUGAUUGGUUGGUGGAAUUUUCCAUGGUACAAAGUGCCACAUCUACUCUUGGAACAGCACAGAAACGUGCACCAACUGGGAGGCGAUACAAGAAGCGGCCAGCUAUUGAUGAAGCCACAGCUGAUGGAUGCUCUGAAAACUUUGUGUGGUGGCGUGGCGGAAAAGUCACUAAAUUUAUAUUCCAGAAAGCUAUCUUGCCAAAAUCCAUGGUCAGAAAAGCAGCGCGACAAGGUGGUUCAAGAAAAAUUUCUGGCAUUUUUUAUGCUGAUGGCAUUGAAGUCCCUAAAAGAAGUAGACAACUCGUUUGGAGAGCUGCUGUACAAAUGAGUAGGAAUGCAUCGCAGCUGGCACUUCAGGUCAGAUAUCUAGAUUUUUAUCUCAGAUGGAGUGAUCUGAUUCGUCCCGAGCAGAAUAUCCAGGAUGGGAAAGGUCAAGAGACUGAAGCUUCUGCUUUCAGAAAUGCAAAUAUUUGUGAUACUAAACUGGUAGAGGGGAAAAAUUGUUAUGGGAUAGCUUUUGGGAGUCAAAAACAUCUUCCUUCACGGGUGAUGAAAAAUGUUAUUGAAAUAGAGCAAGGUGAAGAAGGAAAGGAAAAGUAUUGGUUUGCUGAAGCCCGGAUUCCUCUAUAUUUGGUGAAAGAGUAUGAAGAAGGUAAUGGAAACGUGUCAUAUAAUGAAGAGCAGCACUUGAAUAAUGCAUCUGAGUUGCACAGAAAACAGUUGAAAGCUAUCUGCAAGGACAUAUUUUUUUACCUUAUAUGCAAGAGAGAUAAGUUGGAUGUGGUGUCAUGUACUGUAUGUCAUAUGGUUGUUUUAAUUAGGGAUGCUACCAAGUGUAAUACAUGCCAAGGUUAUUGUCACGAGGGUUGUUCCAUAGGAUCCAUGGUCUCUGCAAACGAAGUUGAGUACUUGACCACGUGCAAGCACUGUUACCAUGCCAGAUUACUUGCUCAGCAAGAGAAUAGUAAUGAAUCUCCAACCAGUCCAUUACUCUUACGAGGAAGAGAGAAUAACUCUGGGACAGUUUUGAAGAGAUCAAGGCCUAAAACUCAUGAUCAAGUACUGAAAUCUUCCAAGACAAAGGCUACUAAUCCCAUGAAACAAGUUACUUCUGUGACGAGUUUAAAAGGAACAAAGGCUAAAUAUUGUAAACAAGAACCAAAUUCUACCAGGACUAAUGAUAAUCAUCUUGAAAUGCAACAAGUUGCUUCUGUGACCACAUCGGAAGGAAAACGCCGUCGCAAAAAUUGUUCGUGGGGCAUUAUAUGGAAAAAGAAAAAUAACGAAGAUACAGACAAUGAUUUCCUGCUCAGAAACAUACUUUUAAAAGGGAGCUCAAACAUGCCAGAAGUAAAUCCUGUUUGUCACUUGUGCCGAAAGCCAUAUAUGUCUGAUGUGAUGUAUAUCUGCUGUGAGACAUGCCAAAAUUGGUAUCAUGCCGAAGCUGUUGAACUUGAAGAAUCCAAAAUUUCUGGUGUGUUGGGCUUCAAAUGUUGCAAGUGUCGAAGGAUAAAAUCACCUGUUUGUCCUUACUCUGAUUUGAAGCCCAAGAGACCAGAAGGCAAAAAGUCACGCACAAAAGCAAAGAAAGAACAUUCUGGAGCAGAUACUGAUUCUGGAGCAAUUUCUGAUGUGAGAGAGUGUGAAGCUGCUACUCCCGUCUUUCCUGUAUAUGAUGAUUCGACUGCUUUUUCUGUGGAGGAUCCUACUCCUGUCUUUGCUGAUGAGGAUUCUACUUCUGUCUAUCCUGUUGAAGAUGAUCCUCUUCUUUUCUCUCUCUCAACUGUUGAACUCAUAACAGAACCUAAUAAGAUAGAUGGGGAUAUUGAGUGGAACAGUGUCGCUGGACCAGGGCUUCAGAAACUGCCAGUGAGAAGAAAUAUUAAGAAUGAGGGGGAUGAUGUUUCUUUUGGAGGUGUACCUUUGAAUGCCGAGUUCUCUAACUACGGUGGUGAAGCAGGUAAUCUGUCCCAGCCUGUAGAGGAAUCUACACCUUUAGAAUAUGCCUCUGGUGUUGACUUUGACAACAAGCUACUGAAUGACUCUGAUGAUGUAAAUUAUGAUGAUUUUAUGGAUUUUGAACCCCAUACCUACUUCUCUGUAACGGAACUGCUGCAGUCAGAUGAUGGUAGUCAGUUAGAGGGAGUUGAUGUGUCUGGGGACUUGUCAGGAUAUUUGGAAAAUUCUAGUACCACCCUUAUUCCUGAAGAGUGUGGAGAUGUUAAAUCAGAACCUACAAUUUUCACCGGCAAUAGUUGCAUGCAAUGUUCACAAAUGGAACCAGCCCCUGAUCUCUGUUGUGAGCUUUGUGGGAUUUUGAUUCACAGUCAAUGUUCGCCUUGGGUUGAAUUACCAUCUAGGGUUGGAAGUUGGAGAAUGCUUGGCUAUGCGACCUUGGCGGCAAAUGAUGAGAUGUGUGGCUUUCGGUCAUGGUCUGGAAUCAUAUGGAAUUUAGGCGGAUUUUGUUCCCUUCUUGUGGAAUUGUUCUUACCAUUUCAGUCAACAGGAAAAUGCUCUGAACUCAGAGAUAAGCAAUAUUUUUUUACAAUGCUUCUCUGA